AUGGAUGAUGACGGACAGCCGCCUCUCAAGAGGCAGAGAGUUCUGGCCUGCAGGAGGUGUCGGCACAGAAAACAGAAAUGCGAUGACCCAAGGCCUUGCACCAAUUGCCAAAAGUCGGGAGAUGAGUGUCUACCGACGGAGCCGGCCCCGCGAUCUCACGUGGAAAGUCAAUACGUGAAAGCACUCGAGGAGAGGAUUGCCGAACUUGAGUCCCUCGAUCCACAGCAGAGUUUAGAUCACAUGCUGGGAUCGGUCAGAGGCCAACAAAGGCGCACAUCAUCAAACAGCACAUUAUCGUAUCAUGUCCAGCCUCCGGAAAGGCCGUCGACGAAUGGAACUUCAUCCAUCGGCGUGCUCAGGCCACGGACACUUGCCGACACAAAUGAAGAUGAUACUGCACCUUCACCCAAGUCAGGACCACGGACCAGAUUAGCCAGCUAUACUGGGGUCCCUACUCGAAGAUCCAUGUUGACAAACGAUGAUGAGUCCGACACUGGCUUUGAUCAUAUGAUAUUUGGACUGAUUGCAUCGCCCUCAGCUCCGCGAGAUGAUGGCUCAGAGCCGUCGCCCGCCACCCACGACGAGAUUUCAGGUGGAAGACCGCCAACUUCUCAUUUCCAGAGAGGAGAAAUUACGCCCGAGCUUAGAGAACUCUUGCUUGAGACAUACCGCGACAGGGCCCAAGUACAAUACCCAUUUCUCCAUUGGCCCACAUUCUUGGAGUGGCAUGUCUCUUGGGUAGAAGAUUCAUUCCCGUCGUCGCGAACUCGAUGGCAAGGAUUCUUUGUGAAUUUGGCUUAUGCUACUGCGCUUCUCCUUCUACAUGGCUCACGGGCAAGUAAAAUGGAUGCACAAAUGUUCUACAGAAAUGGAGUGGAACUCUUGCCGUUUGUUCUUGCUGAGCAAGAUUCAGUGCUCCACGUGCAAGCUUACUUACUUUUGAGCGUCCACGCCCUGCACAAGAGCUCCUCCGGGCGUAUACUUACUCUUGCUUCCACGACCAUGCGCUACUGCGUCCAACAACAAUUCCAUCUCGCAGAGACCGAGCCAGUCCCUGCUACCCCUUCCAUUCGACUAAGAAACCAGGUCCGCCGCCGCUGCUUUUGGUGUGCAUAUAAGCUCGACCGGCUGGUCAUGUCAUCAUUCGAUCUUCCGCCAUCCAUCCCCGACGCCAUGAUAACACUAAAGAUAUAUAACAAUAUCGACGACCAUGAUCUGUUACAAGUUGCGCGCACAACUCUGCGCGAUUGUGAGCUACCUGAUGUUCCGACAUAUACAUGUGUUUCUUCAUCGUUGCACAUCGUUCAAUGCCGGCGAAUACAAUCCGAAAUAAUGGCUUUUACGCUUCGAUGGGACUAUGCCACGAGGUUUGAGAAGUCUCCAGAGUGGCGAAUCCGUAUCCUUGCCGAGUUGGAGAGUUACAAGUCCAGGGUGCAAAAGUUUUCUGAUCCACAAAGUAAAGGAUAUACAUCACACAGAUGGCUCGCAAUGAUCUAUCACUACACUCUUCUAAUGCUUUAUCGACCAACAAAAGAGACCGUUUUGGGACCAGCUGGAGACUGGUCAGUGCAAGCUAGCAGUCAAGCAUGUCUGAUUUUCCGAAAGACGCAGAUGGAUCGGCAAAUUGCUCAGUCCUGGCUCGGUUUACUCGUCCAAUUCCAAUCAGGGAUUACCCUGCUGUAUUGCUUCUGGGCUACACCGCCAGUCAACAGAACUGAAAACUACGAUUCACCUGACGUCUCUGAUGCAAUUCGGGCUUGUUCCAACAUCCUAGCUAUUAUGGCCGAUCGCUGGCCAAGAGCGGAUUGUUUGCGGGAUGUAUUUGAGCUCAUAGCUCGCGAGAUCCCACUCAUAGACCGCCCAAAUCGGCCACCAAAACGCCUCUCAGAAAGGUCCAUCACCACCAUCUGCGAGAAGCUCCCACAAGUGCGAGCUCUCAUAGUCCACCGACCAAUACUCAGAAUGAUUGAGGAGAUGAUCUCUGAGGACUUCCCGCGCCAAGUCCCUGCGGAGCCAUUACCGCGGCCACCUUCCGUCCCUGGACUGCUUGCACCGAUUGACAAAAGCCCACAGGAUCUCCGAGCAGCCCAGGCAAGUCAGACUAACAAUGUGCCACCUCAUACAAUGCUCACAUUCGAGCUGCCAUUUUCAGCCGAGCCAGUAUACAAUUUUGACAGCAUGGGCGCAGAGGCAGACAACCCUGGCACGGAAGAACUGCUAUCAUUCCCUGGAAUGUUUGAUUAUGAAGAGUGGCAAUAA